GCACACCUUCGUUACUUCGUUAAACCAAGACGCCGAAUCACCUACAGCGCAGUCCUGCCAAUUUGACCCGUUCUGUGCCACUGUCCGGUGUCCCAAACUGCUAUCUCGCUUGAUAUAAUGCUGCUACGGAUUCUACUGACUGGGGGCCAACGACAACUGGUUUCCCGCGCUGUCUCGUCCAUAUUAGCUGAGGGAAAUAUGAUGAACAAAUCAACCUUCACAAAGAUUGAAGAAUGCAGAACAGAGAAAAAGAACGCGCCGUCAGACGGCCGAGCAGCGAUUGUCUUCUCACUCAAGAAUGAAGUCGGAGGACUAGUGAAGGCGCUGAAACUUUUCCAGGAAAACCACGUCAAUCUUGUCCACAUAGAAUCCAGAAAAUCGAAAAGGCGUAACUCUGAAUUUGAGAUCUUCGUGGACUGUGACAGCGAUCACGAGCAGCUCAACGAGAUCAUUCAGCUGCUGCGUGAGCACGUUAACGUAGUGGACAUGGACCCUCCUGAUAACUCCUGUUUACCUGAAGAAGAUAUAGAAAAUGUCCCCUGGUUCCCCAAGAAGAUCUCAGAUCUGGACAAGUGUGCCAACCGGGUUCUAAUGUACGGAUCAGACUUGUAUGCUGACCAUCCGGGCUUCAAGGACAACGUCUACAGAAGGAGGAGGAAGCAUUUCGCUGAUCUCGCCAUGAACUACAGACAUGGGGAUCCUAUCCCUCGUAUAGAGUUUACAGAGGAGGAGUUGGCGACGUGGGCGGUGGUGUACCGGGAGCUCAACAAGCUGUACCCUACCCACGCCUGUAGAGAGUACCUGAAGAAUCUGCCUCUACUGGCCAAACACUGUGAAUGUAGAGAGGAUAACAUACCCCAGCUAGAGGACGUAUCACGCUUCCUUAGAGAGCGGACAGGCUUUACCAUCAGGCCUGUGGCAGGUUACCUCUCCCCCAGAGACUUCCUAGCUGGUCUGGCCUUCCGUGUGUUCCACUGUACCCAGUAUGUCCGACACAGCUCCGACCCCCUCUACACACCAGAGCCAGACACAUGCCAUGAAUUGCUGGGUCAUGUCCCGUUGCUGGCUGAGCCCAGCUUCGCCCAGUUCUCCCAGGAGAUAGGCCUGGCUUCCCUCGGAGCUUCAGAUGAAUCCAUACAGACCCUGGCCACUUGUUAUUUCUUCACGGUGGAGUUCGGCCUGUGUAAACAGGAGGGGAAGCUGAGAGCGUACGGAGCAGGCCUGCUGUCCUCCAUCAGUGAACUCCAGCAUGCUCUGUCUGGUAACGCCGUCAUCAUGCCCUUUGACCCCAAGGUCACAUGUAAACAAGAGUGCAUCAUCACCACAUUUCAGGAUGUCUACUUUGUGUCCGACAGCUUCGAGGAGGCCAAAGUCAAGAUGAGGGAGUUUGCCAAGACGAUCAAGCGUCCGUUCACGGUGCGAUAUAACCCCUACACCCAGAGUGUGGAUGUUCUGAAGGACACUCCCAGCAUUAACAGCGUGGUGGAGGAGCUGAGACACGACCUGGACAUCGUGGGCGACGCCCUCAGCCGGCUUAACAAACACCUGGGGGUCUGAGUGACAACCCAAAGCACUAUGAGUCGCGUACUGCCUUCUAAAUGACACCCUGUCGCCUACAUGUGGGCCCUCCCUGGUCUAGUAGUGCACUGUUUAGGGAAUAGGGUGCCAUUUGGAACACAAGGCCUAGGUCCUCUGAUGACCUCAACGCCAUCAUCUGAGUGUAUGUGACGACCUCGACACACCACUCCUGGUUCUCCUGUCCAAUUAUUAUCCAUCAGUCAGAUCUGUUUGUGCUGUCUGGUCAACUUCCGUGGUCAUUUUCACACCAAACAAUGACAUCGGAGACGGUAACUGGCGAGACGGCUCCGACAGAAGAAAUCUGGGCCUCCCCCAAGCCAUAUCCCUGACACACACCUCACUAUUGUGACGUCUCUUAUGUAAAUAAAUACUCUGCUCGUGAUCCACCUCUGUAUUACUCCCAGCCUAUGACUUCCCCUUAUCUUCCUCAUUCAAUGCAUCCAAAGAUACAGUACCUUACUAAUAAUGUACACUAUGGUGUCCAAUAUAUUCCUCCAAUUGUUGUGUGUAAGGUUGUUGCUGGGAUGAAUUUAAUGCUGUAAUUUAUAAUAUUACUAUUCAAAAGUGUGACUGUAUUCAAGGAUGAUUUUUGACAGAAAUGGUUCACAUUAUCCAUUUCUAAAUCAUUAAAAAAAUUUAGCUUUCUCGUUAUCCACUUCUAAAUCAUAAAAAAAAAAAUUACAAAUGUAACUGUAGUACAUAUACUCAUGUAAACGUUAAAUAUCAUUAUUUUUCUACUGUAAAUAAAUGUAAACUGAUUAUGUACAAGUCGUGAAAAAAAAAGUGUGUAUCUCUUAUGUAUUUCUUUGACAUUUUAACAAUAAACUUUUCCUGAAGA